CCUCUACCCUUUCAUGCAGAAGACUUGUAAUAAUUCCUACAAAAAUUCCCUCUAUACACCUAACCUUAGAUAUCAAGUAAUGUCAAAAAUCAACGGUGUCGUUGCAGGUGACAUGGAAGAAGUUAAGAAAGUCUUUAACAAGUUCGACACUAACGGUGACGGCAAGAUUGACUUAACCGAGCUCGGAUCUAUUCUCCGAGCUCUCGGCACCAACGCGCCUCACGACGAGCUUCAACGCAUAAUGUCCGAAAUCGACACCGAUGGUGACGGGGUGAUUGAUCUCAAGGAGUUCUCUGAUUUUCACCUCGGUGGUUCGGAUGACGCGGCGAAUCUCAAAGAUCUUCGUGACGCGUUUGACUUGUACGAUCUUGACAAGAACGGGCUGAUCUCGGUGAGCGAGUUGCACGCGGUGUUGAAGAGGUUGGGAGAGAAGUGCUCGUUGAAGGAUUGUAAGAAAAUGGUUAGUUCAGUUGAUGUGGAUGGUGAUGGUAAUGUUAAUUUUGAGGAGUUUAAGAAGAUGAUGAAUAAAGCCUAGAUUAGGUAGAUGUGUAGUUUCUUUCUAAUCUUAGUUAGUUAGGUUAACUCCUAUGUGACGGUUAAGUUGUAUAUACUUUACCAUCAACUAUGAUCUAGCUAAGUAAUUUUCCAUCUUA